ACGAAACUAUUAAUCAAGAAGAAAUGUUUGCACCAGAGGGCAGAACAUCACGAGAACACAAGCAAAACGAAGAACUAAGAGCAUAAGAAGCUAAUUUGUCGGCCAUGGAGUUCCCUUCUCGAGGCGUCCAGCUGAAGGCAAAGCAUUGAAACAUCCCUUUCAUAUCUUGAAUCUUUUUCAAGGUAUCACCCAGGUAGGACAGAUCACUAUCAUUUCGAGCAAGCAUCCAGUAAAGUUGUUGGCAAUCAGUUUCAGCUAUCACCUCUCUCACACCCUUUUCCUAGCACAUUUUGAGACCUUCCAGCAAAGAAAUCGCUUCCCCCUCCACAACUGUAUAAGCUCCUUUCAUGAAACCAAACCGGCAGCCCAACAGAGAGCCAUCACCUCUGCUUAGCACAGCUCCAAUACCGAUACUUGUUCCCUCCUUCAUGGCAGCGUCCGAAGCAACCUUGCAAAUAUCUUCCCCAUCGCCUACCAAAAUAGAAACAUGAUGGCGAGUAGUAGAAGAACAAAUCGGUUUUGUCCAUUGUGCUCGAGCCGCAAUUCCCAGGCAAUCCUCUUUUGACAUAUUUAAGGUAGUGCAUAAACACACGAUCUCGGAAUCUACCUCUUGAAGAUUUUGAUCCUGAGAUUGAAGCUUCAUACCGCCGCAAUAACAGUCAGAUAAAGCGAGAGAAAUUGGAUAUGAUGGCUACUGCUGAACAAGUUCGUGCUCUGCUGGAGCAGCUGCAACAUUUAUUGGAAGAUCAGAAAAAGCUAGAGGAGCAGAAGCAACCUGCGAUUGAUGAGGCAUUCGUUCCUCAAUAUGAGUAUCAAGAUCCUCCUAAAGUUAAUGCGAAUAAUUUUGAGUUGAAAACUGGGCUAAUCAUGAUGGUGCAACAGAACCAGUAUGAAGGCAAUGCUGUGGAAGAUCCUAAUGCGCGUCUGGCGCAGUUUCUGGAGCUGUGUAGCACAAUAAAGAUAAAUGGAGUCUCAGAUGAUAUUAUCCGACUUCGUCUUUUUCCUUUCUCAUUGCGGGAUAAAGCGAAGUCAUGGUACCAUACACUACAGCUGGGAGCAACUCCUAGAUAUGAGGAUGUAGCACAUCUAUUCUUAUGCAAGUUUCAUCCUCUUGGCCUCGCCCUGAAGUUGAAGAUGGACAUUGUGCAGUUCCAGCAGUUCGAGGGAGAGACGCUGACAGAGAUAUAGGAGAGGUAUCAAGAGAAGCUAAGGAAGUGCUCAUCCCAUGGUUUUGAUGAAGGCACGCUAGUAGUUAUAUUUUACAAUGCUUGUGGAGAACGUACGAGGAUGCACAUGGACACAACUGCGGGUGGUUCUCUGCUAAGGAAAUGAAGCUCUGAAGCGAUGGAUAUCAUAGAUAGUAUGGCUGCCAUGAGUUAUCAAUGGCCAUCAGAAAGAGUUCAGUUGAAGAGGGUGGCAGCUGCUUCCAGUUCUGAUCCUAUGGCAUUGAUUUCUACUCAGCUGGCAGAGUUGAAUGCGAAGAUCGCUGCCUUGUCUGUUGGCACUCCUGAACCAACUGUGAGAGACCCAACAGGCGUAGAAGACGCUGAUUAUAUCCAUGAAAGAAAUUAUGGGAAUUUCCAGCGUGGAAAGUAUGGGAAAAUCCAUCUUUUCAUCCCAAUAAUAGAAAUCACCCAAACUUUUCCUAUUCUAACCUCAACAAUGCUCUGUAACCUCCACCUGGAUUCUUUGUUUCUAGUGGAGGAGUUAUUAAUGAGCGAAAGAAGAAAUUACUUGAGGAGAUGAUGCAGCAGAUGUUAGGGAAGAUGAAUGGUUUGGAAACGACUGUGGGUGCGCGGAUGACAAAUAUUGAGAAUCAAGUAGGUCAGCUAGGAAAUACUGCUUCAGCGCUGUUCAAGUAGGUGCAGAUGUUGGAGACUCAAGUUGGCCAAAUUGGCCAACCAUGCAGCUGCGCAGAGCAGGCCUUGACAUACCGAAGGCAAGUAGAAGGGCCAAUGCAAUGUGAUUUUUGAUGGUGCUCUGUCCCAAGUAGAUGAGGAGACGAUAGAAAUCUCUCUGGCCAGCUGUGGGAAGAUGAGCAAGGAGCACGAACCGCCAAGUGAGGAACCAUACAAGGCUCAUGUUUCACUCAGGGAAUACAUCCCAAAGGCUUUGUUUCCCUGUAGG